AUGCCUUCCUCCAGCAUCAGUGCUUCUUCGAAAGGAGCAGAGACCGACGACAGCGCCACAGAUUUUGGUGUCGUGGCCGGAUAUACGUUCACCGAAUCGCAGUUGGCCUAUAUGCGAGAGCACGUAGAGGCCUAUAUCGGCACCGCUGCCAAGAAAAGGCGCCGAUUCCUCAAGAGGAUCGCUAACCAUUUGCGUCAGGCGAUCGAGGAUCGAAAUAAAGAGCCCAUUUCACGGGCGGAGGAGAGUAAGCUUCUACAGGGUAUUGCGGCAUGGUUCAAGGCACAGACCAAAACUUCCAGGAAUGCGAAGGAUCAGUACUCCACGCUUUGGCACCCUCGACUGGUGUAUAUGAGAAGCAAACGCAGGAAAACGAAGGCCCUAGCUAGGCGUAUGCUAAAAGGCGAUUGGGACGUGGACCGGUUUCUAGACGAGUACGACUCUGACGCCGACAUUGGAGCGUAUGGAUCCGAUGCCGACGAUGUACCGAAAGUGAAGGGACCAAAGGGAUCUGCAGGCGACUGGUUCUUUAACUAUUACCAGGAUGCUGCGCGAGAGCUAUACGCCAAGCUAUCCGACAGCCAACUUGCUCGUUACGAGGCCCUCGCGGCCAAGUGGAAUGAUAGUGGUCCCCCACCGGAAAUUCAAGCCGAGAAUGCCGACAAGAAGGCGAGCAAACGGGCAUACGAUUGGGCCAAGGACAUGAACAAGGACUUUAAUGUCAUCUCGGUUUCGUUUGUAGGAUGGCGUCGAGCCAACGGGAAGCCCAUCGCCAUCUUGUCAGAGUACAACAGACAUUUUGGACGCAAAGAAGACUUUUCGCAACGAAAUGCGGGCGACGUCACCGCCCUAUUCAAGGAGUUCCGCAAUUAUGUCUACGAGCAGUUUGACGAAACCUUGGACUCAUCGGACGACGUCGGACUUCCUGCAGACACCAAAGGUAGUAGGAAGCCACUAAUACCCAUGGACCGCAACUCCUAUGACGAGCCUAUCCUCCCCAACCCAAAUACUCGACCUCGCCACGUCGUGGAGCAUGACUGGUACACCGACAUCUUGAGAUCGUUCUUCAUUUAUCAUUACCAGCUAGCAGCUAAUCUGGACUCACCAGACGACUUUCGGUUCCCCUGGACCAAGCUGGAAGCCGACCGUCGCGCGUUUAUCUCGAGAGACAUGAUGCCGGAUGAUAUCGUCGAACUUCUGAAGGAACCGUCGGGAAUGCGGCUUGGACCGAAAAAGGCGGUGUUCAAUUACCUCUACGACCGCCAGGCUGAGGCUCGAGUCGAUGAAGAGGCCGCUGACGCACUCCUCUUUGAGCUCCAAGGUUACUUGGACAAGGACGGCAAUGUGGUUCCUCGAAAGCCACGAAAGGUAAAACACUUCGACAGAGGCGAUGAUUGGACAGAGUACCCGGACUUUGGUAAAGGAGGAGACACCGUGGAUCGGGAUGGUGCGGGGGAAACCAAUGCUGGUGGUGCGAAGAGUGCGACACGCAAGAGAGGUACCGCAAAGAAGGGGGGGCGCGAUAAGGGAAAAGGAUCAGAGGACAAGAGCAAGGUUGAUGCGACAGGAAAGUCGAGUACAAAGGUUGGAAAGGGUUCUAAAGGCAAGGACGUCAGAGUAGGGGCAAGACAGGAGGGCUCGAAGGUCAAGGGGAAGGGGAAGGGGAAGGGGAAGGGGAAGGGGAAGGGGAAGGGGAAGGGGAAGGGGAGGUCUUUGCUAUCUGACGAGGAUGAAGCCAUGUCAUCAGAUUGCAGCUCCACUGCGUCCGAAGAACCCGAUUUGACGGACACAGACGACAGCGGCUCAGACGAAAUCGACUCAGACAUUCCCAACCUGGUCGACGCAAACCGCGAUGACAUCGGGUAUUUGGCCGAGAAAUUGCCAGGGGAAAAUUCUGGCGAGAAGUUCUUUUUCGAGUGCAGCGACAGCGACGACGACUCAGAUGACUCAGACGACUGCCAGAGUGAAGUCAGCUCCAGCCCCCCAGGGUCAAGUGGUGGUGGCCAGGACAAAGAAUCGGCUUCGACCUCGGUGGGUUCAACGGCAAACGGUCGCCGAAGAGCUCUAAGCCCCAAGAACGGACGGGGGAAAUCGAGUAAUUCGGGGAACUCCAAAGGCGAUGAACCCGCCGUCUCCAGUUUCAAGGGCGUCCGCAACCGCCGGCAGAAGGAGACGGCCAACCAGGGUGGGGAAUCGACCAAAUCCAAGGGAGGCGGUGACCAAGAGGACAGCACCGAUGACGACGAACCGGGCGUAUCCAGUUUCAAGGGCGUCCGCACCCGCCGGCAGAAGGAGAUGGCUAACCAGGGUGCGGAAUCGGCCGAUUCUGAGGAUGAGGGUGACGAAGAGGACAGCACCGAUGACGACGAACCCGCCGUAUCCAGUUUCAAGGGCGUCCGAACCCGCCGGCAGAAAGAGAUGGCCAACCAGGGGAUUUCGUUGUCGCCGAAGUCAGUUUCCCAAAUCGGUCGGUUGAAAAGAAAAACCGGUGACCGUAGUGGGAAAGAACACCCGAAUAAGCGGCAUCGUUCGACCACACAAAAAUCCGAAGGUGAUGCGAAUCGAGGUUCUAAUACCGCCGGCGUGCCUGGAGAGCCGGGUACACCGGUCAAACGAAGCCAACGUCUCGCGGCUCGAACUCCCCAGACAAACGGUCAGAGGAUCGCCGAUACUCCGGUCAAAGCAAGGCGUAGGAUCGCCGAUACUCCUGUCAAAGCAAGGCGUAGGAAGUAA